AAUUUUAGAAGGUCACGUGACAGGUCGCCAUUUCUGUCUGCUCGGACAAAAAAAUUGAAUGAAAUUUACUUUCUACACACGUUAAAUAUGGUGGAGGUGGAGGUAGAGUAUGCAUACGAAGCAGAGCAGUCCGACGAGCUGUCAAUCAAGGUGGGAGAUGUUCUCAGCAAUGUUGUCAUGUCCGAGGGCGGCUGGUGGGAGGGGGAACUCAAUGGCAAGAAGGGCAUGUUUCCAGACAACUUCGUUAAGGUGAGAAAGAAGGAAGAGAAAGAACCUAAGAAGAAGGAUGUCCAGGCCACAAAGAGACAGUCUGUGAAGGACCUUGCCAACAAACUCAAGCUGGGACCACAUAACGAAACACCAAUGAUCCGGAAGAAAGAUUCCGGGGCUAAGAAGAAGCGAGCGAAGGUUGUGUUUUCCUAUGAGCCAGAACAAGAAGAUGAACUGAAGCUGGAGUUGGGAGAAGUGUUAGACAUCAUUAAGCAGGAGGAGGAGGGUUGGUGGGAGGGGCAGCUGAAUGGGCGUCAGGGCAUGUUCCCCUCCAACUUUGUUGAAAUAAUUGAGGACUCUGCCGAGACCUCUGAGACGCCUGAUACCAAAAUUGAAAACACCGAGGAGCAUCUGAUCAAAGGGAAGAAGGUUCAAGGUAUCGGACUAGGCAACAUAUUCGGGGACGGGCCAAUCAAACUGCGUAAGACCGGUGAGAAGAAACCCAUGGAUAAACCUCAAGAACCACCCAAGGCUGAGAAGAGAGAAGAGCCUGCACAGAGAAAACCAAAAGAGACUAAGCCGGUGGAGCGUGCAGUUGUGCGAUACUCGUACACAGCUGAGCAUGAGGAUGAGUUGUCGCUGACUGAGGGGGAAGUGAUCUCUGUGCUUGAUAAAGAGUUGGAGGACAGCGGAUGGUGGCGUGGAGAGGUCCACGGGAAAGUCGGCGUCUUCCCGGACAACUUUGUUGACAUCAUUAAGGAAGAGCCAUCAGACAAAGGCCCCAAACCCUUGAUUACUCCAGCACCUCAACCAAAGCCGAAAAAGCCCCCACCCCCCAGCCAGCCUGCUUCCUCCAAACCCGGACCCCCAAAACUCCCAGAUAAAGCACCAGUUGUGGAACAACAGAAACAUGAAACAGAGAAAGAUGAGAAGCGGAGCCAGCCAGCUUUACCCAGCAAGAAGCCCAGCCUACCACCCCCGCUCCUCUCCAAGAAGCCUGUCAAGCCAGCAGACACAGUGCUGGAGCCUUCAAAGGAGGAGACGAAGGAGGAGCCAAAGCAUGCAUUUGAAGCUGUAGAGUCGAGCGCUGACAAGCUCACCCAUCUGACAGCGACACGGCCGAAGGGACCAACAAAACGACCUCCAUCUCAACCAAAGGCAGCUGUAAAAGUUGAGGAUGAUGUCAUAGAGAGGAAUGGAGAAGUUCCUGGGUCGAAGGAAGAGAGACCACAGGUUGGGGGUCGACCAGCCCAAGCCCAUGCCAGCAGUAAACCCAUGGAGCCACCAGUGACCAUGGCAGCCACAGCACACCUACAGUCAGCCAUUGAUGAACUCCGACGAGAGAUGCAGGAUCUGCGAUCAAACACUGUGUCAAAAACAAUGUAUAACGAACUCAAGUCUGAAAAUGACCAACUAAAACAGGAUCUUGACAGUGUUAAAACACAAUAUUCCCGGAGAUUUCGUGAUAUAAUGUCGGAGGUUGAUGAAGAAAAGAAAAUACGCCUUGCAACCCAAGUAGAAAUGGAGAGGAUUAGAAAACUUGUUUCAGAGUCACAUGUUUGAUAGAUAGUCUGUGUUGGUUUAUGAGUUAUUUAAUUUGUAUUUCAUUUAACAGAUGAUUGAUUCAGUGACUUUGGUUGCUUUUGAUUAUAGAAAUUUCAUGGCAUUUUUUGUAUAAUGAAUAUCAUAUUUAUGAUAAGUACUUCAUAAUGCAGUGGAAUUGACAGCAAUGAACCGUGUAUUUUAAGUUAUGCUCGAAAUGUAUUUUCAAGAGUUGUUUUGAUACUGUUUUUAUGACUGUUGUUUAUGAAGAUACCUGUUUGUGAUUAGAUCUGGUGGAAUUACUUGAAAGAAUUAACUUUUGGGUCUGUAUGGGACAUGUUUUAACCCAAUUUAUAGCAUAUGUCAUUGGCAGUAUUACUUAAAUUGUUGUGAAAAAUUGUAAAUUAGAAAUAUAUUUAAGAUUUCAAUUAUAAAUAUAUGGAUAAGCAGUUGGCAAAAUGUGAGGUAAAGCAAUGAAAAAAACAAAAACACUUUUAGGAAGAAAAACAUCAUGAUUUAUGAUUAGUUUACAUGUAGACAAGUAGUAUUGAUUGUAACAAGUGCUAAAACUGUAUAAGUCUAAAGUGCUCAAAUAAAAGCAGUACAGGUCAUUCUGAUGCUACACAUGAUAACAUUGAGAGUAGUUCACACAAGCAUGUUCAAUAAGCUUGGGACAAAGAUCAUAUGUCAUGAAGAAUGCUGUAUUACACACAGUUGCUUAAUAGUCUCAGCAUAGUGGUUAGGGCAUUUGCUUUUAUCAAGGCAUCUCAGCUUUGAUUUCCGUUCUGGGUGCAUGUGAGUUUGGUUCAUAGUCACCAAGCUGAACAAGUGGUUUUUCUCUGUGUACUUUUGUUGUCCUAAAAACACAGAAACAUCCUCUUACCAGGGAGAGUUGUUUAUAUUAUGUUGACUGUUGUUACCACUUUUUUCACCAUCGUAAACUAUAUUAGAAAUGAGGAGUUAGUUUUUGCUUUCUGAUGUAUAGGGCAACAUUAUUUUUCUUCGAUUUGAUGCAUGUUGUAGAAAAAAUCUUACGCCAAGGAUGGUCCAUAUAUAGGUCUUAAUUGGAUCUAAGAACAGUGUAGCUAAUUGGAUCAGGUGGUAUAUAUAACAAACCUAUACAGUGAAUGGAAUCAAUCGUCUAUGAUAAUAAAAAAUACUUAAAUUGCACGUUGAAUACCAUCCCAUUAUGUUAAUUCUAUUCAUCCAUAUAUCAUACUUUCAAACAAUAUUGAAUAAAAACAUUUAAGUUUUGAGAAAAUAGAAGUGUGAUAAACACAGGUACACUGGUCACUGGGCUGUCUGGCGAAUUUUUCCUGGCCAUAAGUCACUUACGGGUAUAAUUAAAAUAGGAAAAAUAAUGAGCCGAUUUGUCAGAUUUUUUAAAAGUUAACAACUUGAUUAAAAGCAUCUUCAUCAACUUUAAAAAGUGAAAUAUUUUACAGUUGUCUCAAAUCUUGCAAAACAAUGCAGGUCACAUGUGUUCAUGGUACUUCCAAGGUGGUAAAUAUAUGAAACUUUGUAAGGAUAAUGUUAUUAACUUUAAUAGAGAUCUAAACAAUCAAUGCUUAGCUAUUAAAUACAUAAAUUUUUUAGUAGCAAUUCAUAACCUUUAAUACUUCACUUAACACAAACAUAACCAUUUUACUAUUUGAGUCUAUAGUCAAUAUUUUUUGUUGUUGUUAAUCAUUUAAUACAUAGAAAGACAAUUAUUAUUUUAUUUAACAGUGCUUUUAAAGAAAGAAGAAUAUUAACACAUAUUUUUAAUGGAUUUUGUUUUUCAGACAGUAACUAGAAAACAUCAGUGUGUGUGUGAUGUUUGCAGCCCACACUUGUAUGUUGAAUGAAUCUUACACAGAAUAGUAACUUCCUUUCUUAUACAGUAUAUAUUACAAAUAAAGGCAAUGGACAGGGCGUAGCUAGGCCGUUUCGAAGUAUACGCACAAUUGCUGUUGCUAUGGGCAGAUUGUCCUUAUGGGGGGUCAGGAGGAGCUCUCGGUUUUGUCAUAGGUCAGAAUGAUACUGUAUAGCAAAAUAAAUUUCUUAGUACAGGAUCAUCGGCAAUUAAUCAAGGAAUAUUCAAUUCAAAAAUGCUGUCUCAAACAGCUUUGUAGGAAAUUCAAAAAUGGUAAUUGUCUUAAAUAACGAAAAUGCAAUUGAACGUUUGUUAAAAGGUUUUCCUAAGCUCAUUUAACAUUUUCAACACGAAACAAACUUCUAUUGCAUAGCAAAAGGUCGUUCAAAGUAUGCACUGAAGGAAAUUGUCAACGAUUACUGCAAUACGUCAAUCCUUCUUCUUGGCGAAGAUCUCUAUUACCUUUGCGUUUCGAUUUCCCGUUCACGGUGAACGUUUUUAUUGCAUUUUUGGCCUCAAAUAUUUUCUGACUUGUGCGACGAAUUGUACGCAUGGGCGUAUUGUGCGCAUGGGCGUAUUGUGCGUAACGGCAGCUACGCCACUGAUGGAUACAUGUAUAUUUAUAUGGAUAUAAACUCACAAAUGUUUUUUUCAAUUACGAAUAUGUAUUAUGAAGCAUAUUAUUUUCGUUCUUUUAUGAUUUUGCAAAAUGAACAAAUCAGAAGAUGAUUUUAUAGAUGAUAAAAAAUUAUUAAGCUGUUUGUAAAUUCAUUAACUACCAUAUGUAAUCUGUAAAUAUUUUUACAUUUCAUAUGCUUAGCAGCCUUUAAUUCAAUGUCGUUGCUAAUUGGUGAACAUUUUUUUUUAAUAGCCUUCAUAUGUCAUUAUGUUCUGUGCUUGAAUCUCAUGUUCUGUGUGAAUGUUAUUUGUUUUCUGUUAGAAGUGUGUAUUUGUUUGGUUAUGAAGAGGAUUAUAGUUUGUUUCAGUGUAAGAUAGUAAUAUAUCUCAUAGUACCCGAGUUAUGUUUCAUGAGUGGCUGACUUUGUUACAAGGGAAAAAUUUCUUUUUGGUAUUCACUCUGUCAAUUAUACUGCACACUAAUGCUGAAACAAACAAUUUUCUUUUUUAUUUCUUGAUUAAAAUGCCUAAAAAUUAAUAUUUUUAUUUGACAGCUAUUUUGAAAAGUCUGCCAAAAUUAAGCCCAAUGACUUUAUUGAUUUUUGUGCAGAGCAUUGUUUGCAUUUAGUUUUUUCUCAUGGUGAAAGAUGCUAAAAUGUCAAAAUACAGUGAACUAAUACUGUGAUUAACUCGUUGAUAAUAACAGUUUAUCAUAUUAUAAUCCACCAUUCUAAAUUUUUAAUAAAGCAGCAAAAAACAUGAAAUAAAAAAAAUUGGCAUACAACAUUAAAAAUCUGACUAUUUUCGUAUUUGAAAGAAAUCCAUCAUCAUUAUACAUGUUCAUGUGUAUCCAAAACUUUAAUAGAUAGAAUUACCCAGCGUACUAGUUAACAUUGAAGUGGCUUUUUGUUUGUGCUACAACAUGCCUUUCAUACCAUGUACAUUAUCAUUCCAGCUUGGUAUUCCACAUUGCCAGUAUACUUGCUGCUUAUUGAUCACCUUAUAUGCAUUCCACUAUAUUCUGUAUUUUAUUACAAUAAAUGUAAAUAAUAAAUUUAAUAACUAUGA